CUUCGUCGGCCAUCUCUCCCUUACCCGCGCGGCCAGAACAAAUAUCUCUCCGAUGUCCGAACUCAGGAGGAGCAGAGGUGGAUUACGCACGCAAAGCUCAGCAAGAAAAACUGAAACAUUCCACUCCAAUCUCACGCCCUGAUUCUUGCGGCUGUUGCGACCACACCCCUAUUCGAGCCCCAAAGGAGCUUGGCGCACACGCACUGGUCCCGCUGCAGCGGGAUGGCGCUGCGCUGCUCCUUGCCCGCGACCUGUUCGGCGUUUUGCCUGAAAGGAGCGGAGCACCCUGACCCCAGCCGUCCGAGCUCCCGCGUGCGCGCCGCGAGAUUCGUCGUCCUCGUCGCUUCUCUACAGCGCCGCCGGAGGCUCGUUGUCGCUGGUUGCGCGCGGGCGCAGGCGAGCGACUCCAAGGCCGUGCAGCUGGUGCUCGGCGGCCGGGCGUGCGGUGACGACACCGGCACGGACUCGGAACCCAGCGACGACGAGGCGGGCGACGGAGCCGACGCUGAGGCGUGCAUGACGGACGAGGAGCGGCGGACGCUGCGGCGGAAGAUACGGGAGAUGAUGGAUCGGGUCCCUGAGACGGCGGGGCUGACGGACCCGGAGGAGCGGAAGGCCAAGAUGCGGGAGCUACUGACCAAGUACGAGCUGGUGGUGGAGGAGGAGGACCCGGACUGGCCCGAGGACGCCGAGGACGGGAUGGGGUUCAGCCUCGGUCAGUUCUUCGACAAGAUCACCAUCAAGGCCGAGAAGAAGGAUGAGGAGGAGGAGGGGGAGGACAAGGGGUAUCAGAGCGACAAGGAGAUUGUUUGGGAGGAUGACAAUUACAUUAAGCCGAUUAGGGAUGUCAAGACACAGGAUUGGGACGCAUCCGUGUUCACAGAUUUCGGACCGAUGAUUGUGCUUGUGCAUAACAGAUAUAAGAGACCGCAGGAGAAUGACAUGGCGAGGGCUGAACUUACUAAGGCAAUCGAGAUGUUUUGGGAACACAAUCUGCCUUCACCAAGGUGUGUGGCGGUAGAUGCCUGUGCCGAGCCUGAUCUCGUGGAUGCGCUGAAGGUUUCUAAUUUCCCAGAGAUCCUCUUCACCAAUGCAGGGAGGAUAAUACACCGUGAGAAAGUUGUCCGGUCAGCUGAGGCAUGGUCAAGGAUGAUGGCGUUCUUCUACUAUAAAGCAGCAAGGCCACCGUUCUUGUGUGAAGCAGAUGGCCAGGGUCAAGAAAAGGUCCCUUUGAUGUCAUGAGAAUAGUUAGCCUUAUAGUAGCAAGUUACAUCAAUCUACAUUAUUAGAACUUGACAGUUUGCAUCAGUGUGCACUGUUAUAAGUAUAGAGCUUGAACUUAGAACUGUUACAUCAAAUCUCCAUUUCCCACCUUCUUUUGUAACAGCUUCUGAUAGUAUUUGUUGUGCAAUGCAGCAAUAUAUGGAAUUUUGCCAUAAAGAAGGAACUUUAGAGUACAAUUAUGUAAAAUCAUACUGGUAAAAAUGGGUCUGGAUUAACCAAAUAUUCGAUAGGAUAUGAAUAUGAUAAGGAAUUUCCAUCUAAA